CAACCAUACACACCACCAAGUCCAUCUUUCCAUCUGACGGCUGACGUCAUCCUUCUUUUUUUCUGCCACACCAAACUACCAUUGUCCAGACUCGUGUCAACCAACCACUGAAUCUUCCCAUUCCCUUCUUUGCUUGGCAGUCAGACGAUUAUCGGCCCACUCUUUUCUCCCACACCUAAACAUCUUUCCUCCCAAUUGACCGAGAUUACCCCGCCGUCACCUUUCGUCUCCUCAACACCACAAAAUUGGAAGCGCUACUCAAGCUUCGCGCUUGAAGUUUGCGGGUGUCACCAUGGUGAUCGGAAGCUCGCCCAACUUGAGCGGCCUCAAGUACAUUGGCCUGAUCCUCCCUCUCCUCUUCACUGUCAUCUACUUUUACCACCACCGCCCGGCCAUCCUCGCCGAAGAGUCGACACGCUUGCGACUCUUGCCUCACGAGCCCAAUGAUUUUUGGGUCGAGUUCUUUGCCCGUCUCGAGGCGGCCCGACCUCAUUCGCCACCCCUCACGUUCAAGGAAAAGGUAGACGCCUUGAACUGGGUACCCGACUUUGACCGUGCUCGCCCUGAGAUCUGGAAGCCAAAUCCCAAAGAGGUCAGUGAUUUGAGCAAGUCUCACGCUGCUUUCAUCAAGACACUCCCCGAUUUUGCGCACCACCUCCCCUACGAUGCCGACACGACCGGUAUCGUGACAACAGCCGGCAAGGGCAACUUUGGUCAAGUCAUCACUCUGCUCGUGAUGACGCGCCAAUCCGGCUCCAAGCUUCCCAUUCAGAUCGUCAUCGACUCAUCCUCCGUUUGGAUUGACAACCUCUGCGCAAACCUCGUUCCGCAUUACAACGCGGCCUGUAUCUACCUCGAGGAUAUCUGGGCACAUCUGAACCCUCGUCCGCCCAAGUUCGAUCGCUUCCAGUGGAAAUUUCUCGCCAUGGUCACCUCCACUUUUCAGAACAUCCUCUUCCUCGACGCGGAUAUCAUCAUAGCGAACAACCCUGACAAGAUCUUUGCUCCGGGCGCCGAGCCCUUCCAGUCUACGGGAUUCAUUGCUUGGCCCGACUUUUGGGUCCCCUCCGGCUCCAAGUACUUCUAUCAAAUUGCCGGCAGCAUUCCCGUCCCGCAACUCACCGACCGUGCGAGCUCCGAAAGCGGCAUGAUCGUCCUCGACAAAGCUCGGCACGCCGACACCCUCCUCCUCGCGUCGUAUUACAACUACCACGGCCCGACGCACUACAUGGCCAUACUCUCGCAGCACGGACCGGGAGAGGGCGACAAGGAGACCUUCCUCCAAGCGGCGUAUGUCCUCCAAGAGCUCGCCAAGAGGCCCGUUGAACACGGCGGCUACUCCCCGCCCAUGGAAUGGACCAAGCUCCCCUCCGCCCAAGGUCAAAAGAAGGGGUUCUAUGACGUCAAGAAAAUGCCAAAAGCCCACGGUCGCAGCGCCAACGGCAAAUGGCGCGGCAUGUUCAUGAAGCAGAUGGAUCCCGUCGAAGACUGGCGCGCGUUGCAACAAGCUGCCAAAGAAGCAAAGCAUCCCGCUCCCGCCGAUACCCAUUCUCCUUAUCUGUUUGACUCAUCGUGGCUGUCGACAGUGGGUAACCUCACGUUGAAGCAGGACGAGAAGAAAAUCAUGUUCUUCCACCACAAUGGCGUCAAACCGGAUUUCUCGGACGUGGUCAACAGUAAAACGGGACUGGUGGAGAUGGACAAGAAGACGGGCAAGCUUUUGCGCAUGUGGGGAGAUCCAAAGUGGAUUAUUGAGACGACGGGUAAGGAUCUGGAAAAGGUAUUGUGGUUGAGUACCAUGGAGGUGUGGUGUCGCUUGGAUGAGGACGAGUUCGAUGAUGUCUGUGGGAGGAUGUCGGAGAUAUAUGAGGCGGUUUAUGCUGAGAAGUGAUUUUGCGAGUAGUGUAAGCGAGAGACAAGCGAGCGAGACAUGUUGCAUGGAGGCUUCCCUUGGUUGGAAGACCCAGGGCGGGAUGGCGUUUGUGGCUGGAUGGGCUGAAACAGGUUGCCAAGGACGUGGUCGGUGUCACCUUUCAGUGUAGUCACUGGCCGCUUGCGAUUUAUUGCUUUCAAAAUCUCGGCGAGGACUUUCUGUGUCGAGCUUGCUCACAGAAGGUAUUCGCAUUGUGCAUGGCCAGGUGGACGAGUACAUGUUUAUAAGUGUUCCCUUUGCUGUGUUCACGGAGUUCGGCGUAGCGGGCAACCCACACUUCGGUAAACAUUGAGAUCCAACGGAGUUCACAGGUAGAUACCUUUAGAUACAAAAUAUGAGAAUGAUAAUGUGUA